CCUGCCACGAUGAAUGUCAAAAACAGAAGAAGAGCAUUUAGCAGAUGCUGGAGUUGUAGACUGGUUCGGUCACUGCAUCCAGGCAGUUAUGUCUGGGCAUUUGUGCUCAAAGCUCCUCUUUUAUGCCGGUGGAAGACAUCUGUCCAGUUUUCUCGAGGCCAGCCAGUAUGUUUUACCGUCUACACUGUGUAGAACCUGCCUGUUUCCUUCUCAUACCCGGGGCUUUUCCUCCCGUUAUGGUAGAUCAGAUGGAACCUCGGGGCAGGAAGGCGGAAAUGCAUUCUGUGCUUCUAGACGUGAACCGGACUUCCAGCUGAGCCGGCUCCAGAUCAAUGCAGUUCUUCGUGCUAACGAGCAAUCUGUCCGCAUACCAGAGUUUGAUGGGCGCGGUGGUCCCAGCCCUGUGCUGAGGUUUGAAAGCAACCAACUUGCAGCCAAUACUCCACUAGAGGACCGGCGCAGUAGCGCCAGCUGCCUGCAGACUCGCGGCAUGCUGUUUGGCGUGUUUGAUGGACACGGCGGACAUGCAUGUGCUCAAGCGGUCAGCGAGCGGCUACCUUAUUAUAUCUCUGUGGCGAUGAUGUCAGAAUCUGCCCUGGAGGAUUUGGAGGCCGCCAUGGAGACUUUACGCCCGGUACCGCCGAUUCUAAAAUGGUACAAGCACCACAAUGACUACAACUACAGAGAGUCUGCUACGCUCUACGUCAAUCAUUUGCGUGUUUACUGGCAGGAGCUUCUGGCGAGUGAAGAACACGGCAAUGGUUUGAACCCUGUGGAUGCACUCACGUACGCAUUCCAACGGCUAGAUAUGGAUCUUUCCUUGGAGUCGCAAGUGCCACUGGCCAAUGACCUCAUGCGCAACACAGCCAUACAGGCUGCCUUUGCUGGUUGCACUGCUUGCGUUGCCCACGUGGGACCAGAAGGUGUGCAUGUUGCGAAUGCAGGAGAUUGUCGAGCUGUGUUGGGCGUCCGAGAGGACGAUGGGAGCUGGAGUGCUUUGCCACUCACGCAGGACCAUAAUGCCACCAAUGCAGCCGAGGUUGAGCGGGUAAUGUGCCAGCACCCGGCCAGCGAACGCCAAACUGUAAUCUUAGAUGACAGGCUUCUUGGUGUGCUAAUGCCGUUGCGUGGGUUUGGAGACGUGCGCUUCAAGUGGAGUCGAGAGCUACAGCAGAGUGUGUUGGAGAAUGGAGACUCAGAUUUAGAAGCAUUGAAUAUUUAUCAAUAUGCUCCACCCAAUUACUUAACUCCACCUUACUUAGAAGUCACACCUGAAGUCACUUACCACCGCCUGCGACCACAGGACCAAUUUCUGAUCCUGGCCUCUGAUGGUCUUUGGGACGAGAUGAACAAUGAGGAGGCUGUCAGGCUUGUGGCGGAACACCUGACGGGUAUUCACCUGCAGGAACCGGUCUCAGCCAGCCAGCUUAAUUUGGGUCAAAUGCACCAGCUGCUGCUGCAGCGACGGGCCAGGGCAACACCCGCUCUGGAUCUGAAUGCAGCCACGCACUUGAUUCGCCAUGCGCUGGGCACAGAUGAGUAUGGAGAGAUGGACCAGGAGAGGUUGGCCACCAUGCUGGCAUUGCCUGGUGACCUGGCACGCAUGUACCGUGAUGACAUCACUGUCACAGUGAUUUACUUUAACCCGAACUUCAACAAAUCAUCUCAUAAUAAAUAAUUUGAAAGAAAUUAUGUUUUAAGAAUGGUGUUUUCAGCUGUGAAUUCUAGUUUUGCUAAAUGUUUUUUUUGUUUUUUGUUUUUUUAAGGCUGUUGCUAAUUGUAUUUGAUCCAAUGCUUAACAAUUUUUUUUGCCUCAAUAUAUCUACAGGUAACCUGUCUGAGUCUGCAGUAACAUAGUGUUUUGGAAAAAGAUAAUGCAAACUGCAAGAAUUUGGUGACUCACUUUUAAAAAAGGUCACACAAUGUGAAGAUAUAUGACCAUAUCUGUCCAUGUAGUCCAGUCUGCAGCAGAUACGACUAACAUACCGUCAAAUGAUCAGAAGCAUCUCGGAAAUGUAUGCUAAUUUCCUUUUGAGCUCUUGCAAAUGUUUUUCAUGUGCUGCUUGUUCUUAUAACUCUUAUAACUCGUCAGAGUUAUAUUGUGUACAAUAGAAACAAUUCAAUGAAGCGGACAUUUGAGUGUAUGUUUUAGAAAGGUUGAACUAUGAACAUUAUAAAUUGUUCUAUCACGCACACGCUAUUUAUUCAUUAGCAUAUUAUCUCUGUUCUAUGUCACGUUCGUUUUACAUUACUCCAUGCAUUAGUUGUGUAGCCUAAAUUUUACAUUAAUUUAGCACACUUGACUCUUUGUGCUGUGCGUUUUUUGUUUCAGCAGUUUGAUUUGUCCUCUUUCUGGGAUUUCUUGGCCUUUGCUAUGAAGAAGUUUUCACUUGUCACUUUUGUAAAUUAUCAAAGUACCACAGUGAGUCACAAAAUAAACUUGUCAAUGGUUAAACUGA